CAUUCCUCUGUGUGGGUGGUGCGGCUGCAGGUAUUUGUGCGGGUCCCCCAUUCCUCUGUGUGGGUGGUGCGGCUGCAGGUAUUUGUGCGGGUCCCCCAUUCCUCUGUGUGGGUGGUGCGGCUGCAGGUAUUUGUGCGGGUCCCCCAUUCCUCUGUGUGGGUGGUGCGGCUGCAGGUAUUUGUGCGGGUCCCCCAUUCCUCUGUGUGGGUGGUGCGGCUGCAGGUAUUUGUGCGGGUCCCCCAUUCCUCUGUGUGGGUGGUGCGGCUGAAGGUAUUUGUGCGGGUCCCCCAUUCCUCUGUGUGGGUGGUGCGGCUGCAGGUAUUUGUGCGGGUCCCCCAAUCCUCUGUGUGGGUGGUGCGGCUGCAGGUAUUUGUGCGGGUCCCCCAUUCCUCUGUGUGGGUGGUGCGGCUGCAGGUAUUUGUGCCGGUCCCCCAUUCCUCUGUGUGGGUGGUGCGGCUGCAGGUAUUUGUGCGGGUCCCCCAU